AGGACCUGCGCAGUCUUGCUAGGGAGCAAGCGGAUGGGUCCCUGCAGCCGCAGGAGUCCGGAACCCAAAUUCCAGGGUUGCAGUUUCCGGCGGGAGGUCUCCUCCGGCUCUCCCGGAAGCGACUUCCGCUACCCGGGUAACGGACCGGGGCGUCCUCUUGGUGCCUGUGGGAUGGAGCUGGAGGACGCGAAAGAGUUAAAAGAACGCUGCGCUCAGUGUGCUGCUGUCUCUUGGGGUCUCACUGAUGAAGGCAAAUAUUACUGUACUUCCUGCCACAAUGUUACAGAAAGAUCUAAGGAAGUUACCAACACUGAUGUUAUUCCUAACACCAAGAUAAAAUCCAUCAGCAGGGGCCUCAAAAGGAGAAGCAAGUUGGAGAAAGGCUGGGAUUGGUACGUGUGCGAAGGCUUUCAGCAUAUACUGUGUCAACAAGCAGAAGCCCUGAAGGCCCUCGGAGUGACCCCAGAAUUAAAGGAUGAAGUGUUACACAAUUUUUGGAAGCGUUACCUGCAGAAGAGUAAGCAGGCAUAUUGUGCAAACCCAGUCUACAGCAGAAGGAAGACUGAGAUGUUGGAAGGAAACGUCUGUCAUUCAGAUGGGGUGAGUGGGCCCGAGCUGCUCAGCGACAUAAACUGGACAUCUGGCCUCGACAGUGGAGCAGAGUCACAAUCUGACGCCCCAGGGCCAAAGCCCUUUGCUGCCCUGAGAACACUGCACUCAGAAGCAGCCUCUGUCUGUUCCGGGUCCCUGGAUGGCGUGGAGUACUCGGAGCGGAAGGAGAAAGGUGUCGUGAAGAUGACGGUACCCAGGACACUCGCCCUCUGCUACUUGUCCUUACUGUGGCAGAGAGAAGCAGUGACUCUCUCAGAUCUGCUGAGAUUUGUCGAAGAGGAUCAUAUUCCUUACAUAAAGGCUUUUCAGAAUUUCCCAGAAGAGAUGAAAUUGUAUGGACGUGACAAAGGAAUCUUUGCUAUAGAGUCUUGGCCGGACUAUGAGGAAAUCUAUAAACACACUGUUGAAAUCGCCACGUUCUUAGAUUUGCCCCGUUUUCCGGACAUCACUAAGGACUGCUUCCUGCACCCCAACAUCCUGUGUGUGAAAUACCUGAUGGAAGCCAACCUCCCUGAUGAAAUGCACGCAUUAAUCCGCCAGGUGACAGAGAUGACCGGCUGGGGAGAGGUGGACUCCCUGACCUUUGACCCCAUCGCGAAAGCUGCCACAACUGUGAAGUAUGACGUGCUGGCUGUGGCUCUCAUCGUGGUGGUCUUAAAGCUGCUCUUCCUACUGGACGACAGCGUAGAGUGGUCUUUGUCUGAUCUCGCUGAAGUCAACAAUGAAAAGAACAAAACAGGGAAGCCAUGGUUCAGUUUCAGGAAGUGGUACCACGUCAUGAAGAGGACACUGGAGGAGCAGAGGCGGAAGUGGGAGGACGCACGCGCCAAGUACAUGUGGAAGAGCGAAAAGCCACUCUACCACUCCCACAUUGACAAGCCUGUGGCCUACAAGAGGAGGGAACCAGGAAGCCGGCGCACCAGACUGGCGUGUAACGUGGCACUGCUUGUGUGCGUGCGUCACACCUCCCUUUUCCUUGCAUCUCCAGAAGUGGUGGUUAAUCUGCAGAAGCAGUUCAGCACCCUGCUGGAUCCAGCCCCAACCGUGACGAAGAAAAGCGCUGCGAGUUUCCAGCUCAGCUGGGCCGAAGGCGACCCCGGCCGGCCCUGUUUCCACAGCCACAGUCUUGGGGGUGUCCUGCUAAAAAAAGGCCAGGCACUGGUGACCAAGAACUCCUUAUACUGGCUGAGCACCCAGAAAUUCUGCAGAAGCUACUGCAAACACGUGACCACCUACGAAGAGUCCAAUUUCUCCCUGAGCUAUCAGUUUCUACUAAACCUCUUCGCCUUCCUGCUGCGAGUAAAGGCUGCCCUCCUCCACGACGAAGUGAGCCUAAUUGAAAAAAAGCUUUUUAAAAAGAAAUACAAUGAAGCCAAAAAGAACCCAAGAUCCAGGAAAGGAAGAAGAUAGUGGACCAACGAAAAUGGAGACUUUGUUGGAAAAAUAUUUUGCAAGUGACAGUAAUGUGGAAUUGUGGAAAAUAUAAUUUUACCGCAUGUAGAGAUGGAACAAGCUUGUAAAUAUGUGUAUUACAAAAUGAGCAAACUUUGCAUUUAUUUUUUUAAGUGAUGUAUGUUCUUUGAAAAAGUUAAAACAAUAAAUUAUGUAAAUCCAGAAA